AGCCUUCCCACCUCUCGACCAUCAUCAGGACGUUGGUCUCCUAAACAAAUUGAAGACAAAUUCAAGGAUUACGAUGUUGAUCAUCGAGAUGAUAACAAUAAUGGUGGUGAAGAGGAAUUCAGGCGUAUUGACUGGCGUGAAACACCUCCGCCAGCAACCAGAGGUGGUGAAGAGGAAUUCAGGCGUAUUGACUGGCGUGAAACACCUCCGCCAGCAACCAGAGGUGGCCGAAACCGUGGCGGAGAGUCUGUUGGAAGAGAAAUUGAGCUCAGAGUGUAAUAUUAUUCAUUUAUUUCCCUUCUUGAUAUUAUCGUUGAAAAUAAACAGUUUUGCUACUUUCAACUGUUUCUGA